GAGACAGGCAACUGGGUUAGGGAAGGAGGCAGAGCAAGAAGGAAGAACUGUCACUGCGUGUGUUUGUGUGCAUAGAUGACGGGAGAGGAGAGAACGAAAACGGUAGAGAGUGAGUGGGGCAUAGUUUUAUAGACUUCUCGCCUUCCAAAGUUCCAGGAGUAUGCAUUCUUUGGUCAGACCAAAAAUUAGGGCACAGUUGAAUCUAAAUCGAAGCCAAAACCCAUUUUGGCCCCUUUUUGCUCUCCAUGCUAUGCUGCUUUGUGUCUGUACAACGGCUUGGCCACAUGUUUCCAGGCCCCAGGAUGACAAGUGUCCCAGCGCUGAGUGGAACGCCAUGUGUCGCUCGUGCUGUGAGUACGACCAAAUCCGUUGCAAGUGUCCGUCGCAGAGCACACAGGUGGGCUACGCUGUACCCUGUUGCCGCAACGAGCUGGACGAGUGUGAUCCCUGCAUUAUACACCAAGGGUGCAGCAUUUUUGAGAACUGUAAGACGUGCAACAAUGGGACAUGGCAGGCCCAGGAUGAUUUCUAUAUCAGAGAGCAGUACUGCACAGAGUGCCGUCAGGGCUGGUCUGGAGGAGACUGCAUGAAAUGUGGAGGUGUUAUCAGAAGGCGUCAAGGUCAUGUGACUCUAGAAAGUUAUCCCAUAAAUGCCAAAUGUGAGUGGACCAUAUAUGUUAACAGAGGAAUGACGGUGGACCUCAGGUUCUCAAUGCUCAGCCUGGAGUUUGAUCACAGUUGUCGGUAUGACUAUGUUGAGGUGAGGGAUGGUGACCGCAUGGACUCGCCUAUUAUUGGUCGAUACUGUGGCAGUGAAAGUCCUCCACCAAUCAUAAGCUCAGGGUAUUCCUUGCACAUUCGUUUUGUGUCCGAUGGAUAUAACAACUUUGAUGGCUUCUUUGCUACAUUCCAGGAGGCCUCUGCAUGCAGUUCCUCUCCCUGUCUGCACGGGGGCACUUGCAACUUGGACCCUGUUCAGUCCUUCCGCUGUGCGUGCCCAGCUGACUACACAGGUCAUCAGUGCGAGACCUCUGUUCCACUGAAGAAAGCCUGUGGCGUGCCUCCAACGCCCCUGGAUGGAGAUUUCACUUUGCUGUACGAAGCAUCUGGAAAUGCUCUCAGCAUGGUUCAGUACUCGUGCCACAAAUCUUACCGACUACAUGGCACGACACAGAGGAGCUGCUUGUCAAAUGGCACAUGGAGUGGAGCAUCGCCCAUGUGUGUCAAAGAUUCCAACAAGAAUAAUUGCCCUUCAUUACCUAAGCUUCAACAUGGGUAUUAUAAGACGACUGCUCGAAAGACAUCACACACGGUGGAUUUUCACUGCAAGAACUCCUAUGUGCUGAGUGGAAAUUCACGAAGAAGCUGCCUUGCUGAUGGAACUUGGAGUGGCAAGCAGCCACAAUGUGUGAAAGCUUGUCGAGAGCCUAAGGUGUCAAAGCUUGUGAAACAGAGGAUUCACCCACCUCAUGUUGCUCUGAGGAGAAAUACCACACUCCACGGGCUGCACUCUCUGACCAACCUGAGAAUACCAGGAACAGCCACCCUGAGUGAGGAGGUGACCCCUAUCGAGCCACUUCCUGCUGGGUUUCACUCUCAGUAUACCCAGAUCGAGUAUGAGUGUGCCUCCCCUCUCUACCAGCACUUUGGCAGUGCCCAGCGCACCUGUCUCAAGACAGGGAAGUGGAGUGGGCAGCAUGUCUCCUGUUCACCAGUGUGUGGAAAACUCGGAUCGGUCAGUCCCCAGACGCUGGCAGACACACAGUGGCCUUGGCACGCAGCCAUCUACCACCACAUCUCUGGAGCUAGAGCGGGGAGGACAGAGAGCGAGGAAGCCAGAUUUGGUGGGGGGAGAAUCGGGGACAACCGAGGCGAGCGUUGGCGGUUAACAUGCAGCGGGACUUUGGUGAACCAAUACAGUGUGGUGGUGGCAGCACAUUGCGUGACAGAGCCGGGCAGUGCCCAACAUGUUCGCCCGGCUGAUAUUAAGGUUGUGAUGGGCAAGCGCAAUUUAAGAGUACAUAUGAACACAGAGACAUCCGACUUCUUGCGGGUUGCUGCCAUCUUGAUUCACCCAAAUUACAACUUAACUGGGCCAGACUCUGAUCUGGCCGUACUGAAGCUGCUGGACAAGGCCAGAAUCAGCGAGCAUGUAAUGCCUGUGUGCCUACCGCGACUGCAAGGAGGAGAGGUUACUGCCCAGCAGGGGUAUGCCAUUGACUGGCCCUUGCCUGAAAACAGUGCCCAGGACGACACAGCAGUUUCAGCUCACACUGGGCUGAUUGAGCUGAGGGAUGUUUUGCAGUGUGAGAGACAGUACAGACUUAAUGGGCUUCCUGUGGCCCUCACCGACAACAUGCUGUGUGGCCGCCAGCAUCCCCACAGCCCCACACCGGUCUGCUAUUCUGCCACUGGUGGAGUGGUCAUGGUUCAGUCCCCUCCUUCUCCUCGCAGCCCCCACCUGUCACCCCUCUCAGGCGACGACAGACAUGAUAGCGAUAGCGACCAAGGAGUCUGGGAGCUAGUCGGCCUGGUGAGCUUUGGGUACGAGCAACGCAAGUGCAGCCCAGAACUUUACAUAAUCUACACGCGUGUGAAUAACUUAAAAGACUGGAUCGAGAAGAGCAUAAAGUAAAGUCCCCUGCUGAACCAGUGUCAAUUGAAGGCCUCUGCUCUGCAACACAUUGGACCAACUAUUGGGUUGGAGUUUCUGGACUCGCAGGGGCUUAGACACUUGCAUGGUUUAGUAGAAUGGUCUUUCAAAUCGCAGACACUGCUGCUUUAUUUGUCAAAAUGAUUUUAAUUUUUUACUCGACUCGACUUUACUCGACUUUUUUUACUGGACUCGCAGGCGCUUAAAGACACUUGCAUGGUUUAGUAGAAUGGACUUUCAAAUCGCAGACACUGCUGCUUUAUUUCUCAAAAUGAUUUUCAUUUUUUACAGCACAUUUUUGCAAUUGUGUGCACAUUUCCCCCUUUGCAAUGGAAUGCAUUAUCAAGGAGCAAUACAAGGAGUUUGUUUGUUGCUGCAUUCAUGCUGGUUAUGGGAAAGAGAUGUUCUCAGAUGAAACACUCAGGUGUCUGAGCAUGUGUUAGUGGGGGGAGCAGUUAGCCAAACGUGCAGUCACUCAUUGAGAAACACUUAGGGGAUUUGCAGGCUUUAGCUGCUCGCGUUCCUUGCACAUUCACUGGAGUUCCUGUAAGUUCACAUAGAGUAUCCCCCAUAAGAUAUCCACUGUGACGCAACAACACCUUGCAUCUAGUGAGCCCCUACUACUUCAACACUGCUAGCAAAUUCACCAACAUAUAACAUACUAAACAGUGACAAAAAUAUAUGCUUGCAAAUAUACAAAUAGACACUUGGUGAUUCAGAUGUGCAUGUUUGAAUAGCAUGUACUGUAUCACACAACAGUUACAGAUCUCUGUUUCUCAAAGUCACCGAGUACUGUCAAUAUGAAAUAAAAUGAAAACAAUCGGUUCUACCUA